AUGGAGAACAUGGACAGCGAUCAGCACAAUGAAGCCUUGUUACAAUCCGAAGAAGCUUCAGCAAGAGGGCCUAUAAGUUCAGCACUGGAAGAUAUACUAACCAACCCUGAUCUCUCAUACUUCCAGCGCCUUAGGCAGGCUUCUUGGUGCGAAAUCAAGACCCUCUUCUACCUCGCAGCUCCGGCGGUGGGGAAUUACGUGCUCAGCAACAUCACUGCAGUAGCCACCCUCAUCUUCUGUGGCCAACUUGGCAAUCUUGAAUUUGCUGGUGCCUCUCUAGGGAACACUGGAGUCGCUGUCUUUGCUUACGGCCUUAUGCUUGGAAUGGGAAGUGCGGUGGAGACAUUGUGUGGCCAAGCAUUUGGAGCAAAUAAGAACGAAAUGCUGGGUGUAUAUUUGCAGCGAGCAACAAUUCUUCUCACGGCAACAGCAAUCCCAGUGAUGUUCAUCUACAUCUUCUCCAAGCAAAUCUUGAUCGGACUAGGCGAAACGGAGAGCAUAGCAUCUGCAGGAGCACGCUUCGUCUAUGGCCUAAUUCCACAGCUCUUUGCCCUGGCUUUCAAUUUUCCCUUACAAAAAUUCUUACAAGCUCAGAGCAUAGUGUGGCCUAGCGCCUGCAUAUCUGGCGUUACAGUUGUGGUGCACUUAGUACUUAGUUGGGUGGUGGUGUACAAAUUAGGGUGGGGUUUGCUGGGUGCAUCUUUGGUUUUGAGCUUGUCUUGGUGGAUCAUGGUGGUGGCCCAGUUAAUGUACAUCUUGGUGAGCCCAAGGUGCAAAUAUACUUGGACUGGGUUUAGCUCACAGGCUUUUACUGGGCUAUGGGAGUUUCUGAAGUUAUCCACUGCAUCCGCGGUCAUGCUGUGCCUUGAGACUUGGUACUUUCAGAUUUUGGUUUUGAUCGCUGGGUUGCUCAAGAAUGCUGAGAUUGCCUUGGACGCACUCUCUGUUUGCAUGGCUGUAUCUGGAUGGGUGUUCAUGAUCUCGGUUGGGUUCAAUGCUGCAGCAAGUAUAAGGGUGAGCAAUGAGGUUGGUGCUGGGCAUCCAAAAUCAGCAUCAUUUGCAGUGGUGGUUGUAACUACAAGCUCCUUAAUCAUCUCCUUAAUCCUUGCCAUAAUCAUACUUGCACUCCGCCGUUACCUCAGCUAUAUAUUCACUGAGGGCUCCACUGUUUCUAAUGCCGUCGCUGAACUUUCUCCUUUCUUGGCUUGUACUCUUUUACUUAACGGCAUCCAACCUGUUUUGUCUGGGGUGGCUGUUGGGUGUGGAUGGCAAGCAAUCGUGGCAUGGAUUAACAUAGGAUGUUACUACAUCAUUGGUAUCCCAUUGGGUUGUGUUCUCGGCUUCAAGCUCGACUUGGGAACUAAGGUUGCGAAAUCAAAGAUUCGUAUAGAUGAAUGGGAAGACAAGAAAGAGCCUCUUCUCAAUGAAUAG